UGACGUCAUCACACCUCCAAUCAGCGCAAGGAACCAAAGCCAUGGGACUGGUUCUGUUGAAAUGCUGGGACAAGUGACGUCACGCCGCUGCUGAGCUGCACGGGAACGGUUGUAGCGGCGGCUGGUAACCGGGGAAGGAUGUGAACUUGUACGGCCGGUGGAGAUCGAGGCUCCCAGGGGUUCGGCUGCAGUAGAUUAGAGAACUCAUGUGAGAAGUCAUUGUGAUUGUGCCAGCUCAAAGCUCACGGUGGCAUGGAGGAGAAAGAGAGAUGUGGAGAGAGAUUCCUGUCUUACUUGUAGGCUUAAAAACCUGGUGUUUCUAUUCUCGCACUUCACAAGGAAUCCUGCUCCCAGACACUUUUCUAAAAGAACACGACACUGUUUUUGUGAAGGAGCCUGGGACAUAAAUCACAUGAGCCACACUAGGACCUCGUGUGAACAGUCACUCUAAAGGCUUUUCGUGGACAUUGUCACGAUUAUUGUGGUUUGGACCCAACUUUUAUUUACAGCCAUGAGCUGUGUACCAUGGAAAGGGGAAAAGGCAAAAUCGGAAAGUGAGUUUCAGGAGCCUCUGCCAGCACACAUCUACCACGAAAAGCAGCGCCGGGAGCUCUGCGCCCUCCAUGCCUUGAACAAUGUCUUCCAGGAUGCUGGAGCAUUCACUCGGGAAGCCCUUCAGGAAAUAUUCCAGAGGUUGUCCCCCAAUACAUUGGUGACCCCACACAAGAAAAACAUGCUGGGAAAUGGAAACUAUGAUGUAAAUGUUAUAAUGGCUGCCUUGCAGACAAAGGGUUAUGAGGCCGUAUGGUGGGAUAAGAGAAGGGAUGUUGGCCUGAUUUCACUCUCUAAUGUUACUGGAUUCAUUAUGAAUCUUCCAUCUAGUCUGUCUUGGGGACCCCUUAAGCUGCCACUUAAGAGGCAGCACUGGAUCUGCGUGCGUGAGGUCGGUGGCACUUAUUUCAACCUGGACUCUAAAUUAAAGAGGCCUGCACGGAUUGGAAAUGACGAUGACCUUAGAAAAUUUUUACAUCAGCAACUAAGGGGCAAAAACUGUGAGCUGCUGUUGGUGGUGCCAGAGGAGGUUGAAAUUCAUCAGCGUUGGCGGACUGAUCUGUAAAAAAAAAAUAAAAAUGGACUUCUUUUUUUUUUUUUUUUUUUUCUAAUUGUUAAUAUUAUUAUCAAUAUUUGGAUCUCGCAUUCACUACAGUUUUCUUACCUGUUGUUGACAAUCUCUGUUAAGGGUGGAGUUUUUGGUCUCCUUCAAGUAAAAGAUUCAGAUGAGCCUAUGGGCAUUUUCCUUUUGUAUGUGACAGUGUACUGCCCAGGAGUAACCUAGAGGCUCCAUUCACUUGUCUAUACAGGCGCCAGAAGAGGCUGUUUCAUCUCAGUAUUUUCUAAAGCAAGAAAGUGCAAUGAAUACAACAUGCCCAUAGGUAAAAGAUAAGGACGUGUGAUGACAAAGAAUAAGCCCAGUACAGUACAAUCUUCAUUAUUAUUAUUAUUUUUUUUUUCAACGUUAUGGAUUUAUGCUGUACAUUUUACAAGGCAACGGUGUGCUCUCAAUUGUUAACAGGCCUAGCAGAAAACAUGAUAUAUUUUUGAAUCUAUGAAACUUUUACAACCCAAUAAAGAAGCUGAGCCAUCCUACUGUAUGCACGCCAUCUAAAUGCCUAAGUUGUUCUUGACUAUUAGGUGCUCUUUUUUUAAGAAAAAUGAAAAUGCAGACAUGACUUGGUGUGUACACAGACCCAUAUAUGCAGACAUUAUCCAUGUCAGGACAGAAUUAUUGCUUCAAUCAGGAGUUUACGUGUGCCGCCAAAAUACGCCAGAUACUUAAACAUGUUUUAUAAAAAUCCUAAUAAAAUGGUAUACAGUAACGGAAGACAAAAGUAAGCUUUUUUUUACAGGUACCCAUCUAAUAACUGCUCCAUGACAGCGGCUCGUUCAUUGAAGCCAGCAUUACAGUGUCCUGUAUACGAGGGGGAGAUAUGGAACAUAUGGGGGUCCUCCAUUCUGUCUGUGUACUGUUGUUUCAUCCAGAAACACUUGUUGCUUUUGCUUGCACCAUGACUAGCCAGUCAUCACUUGUGAUUUGGUAUGCUGCCUUUUUAUAAGACCUACUUAAUUGACAUAUCUGUGUAUUAUAUCAUAUGUAGAAAAUGAUGCCUAAGUGUUACAUAUCCAAGCUUUGGAGCUCAGAGUGGCUGGAUUUUGUCCAUAAAAUGAGAUUUUGACCAAAGCGAGUUCUGUUACAAGAAAGCAACGCUCAUCUUUCAAACCAGUAUUCUGAGGGUAAGGGUUGGCAGAGUUUAAGGGGUGUAUAUAUAUAUUUUUGCUUAUUUUUUUAUUUUUUUUUAAUUUUUAUUAGUCCAAUGGCUCUAAGAUAUAGAAAAUUAAGUACUGUAUUUUUCGCUUUAUAAG